AUGCUGAGCUUCAGGGUGAGGAACUUGUUGUCCCGUGUCAGAAGAAGGACAAAGAAAAACAUCAGAAACAGAAACACGCGCAAGCUCAGAAACCAAAACUGCAUUUCCAUUGCAAAAGAGUUACCAUGUCUUGUAGAAGAAGAAGAAGAUACUGAGGAAGGUUUCAGAAUCAAAAGCUCUGCACCAUCACACAAUCAUGGAGUUCAGCCCUUGGGUAAUCUUUAUCUCAACCCAGGUUCCAUCAACUCCAGAGACACGGGUUUAGGUAAUCUUCAUAUACUUACGGAUGAGCUUGUUCUUGAGAUUCUAGGGUUUUUGGAUGGUACCAGUUUGGGGGUUUUGGCCACUGCAAGCAAGUCUUUUUAUGUUUUUACCAACCAUGAACCCCUUUGGAAGAAUCUUGUAUUGGAUAAUCUUCUUGGUGGGUUUCGGUACAAUGGGUCUUGGAAAUCUACUUAUGUUGCUUCUUGUUACCCUUCAUUUCAUAUCUCGAGUAGUGCUCUUCAGAGUUUCAAAGUUAGAGACUUUUAUUCUGAUUAUCUCUUUCAGAGUUGGCUCUGUGCUAAUCUUGAAAUGAAGCCCGAAUGGCUGGAGAGGGAUAAUAUAGUUCGAAAGAAAGGUAUUUCAGUUGAAGAGUUUGUGUUGAAUUUUGAGGAGCCUAAUAAGCCGGUGUUGUUGGAAGGGUGUCUUGAUAAUUGGGAUGCGUUGAGAAAUUGGGAUAGGGAUUAUUUGUUGCAGUUGUGUGGUGAUGUUAAGUUUUCAGUUGGGCCAGUGGAGAUGAAGCUUGGAGACUAUUUUGGGUACUCGGAUCAAGUUAGAGAAGAAAGACCAUUGUAUUUGUUUGAUCCAAAAUUUGUUGAAAAAGUUCCAAAAUUGGGUUCUGAAUAUGAAGUUCCAGUAUACUUUCAGGAGGACUUGUUUGUUGUUUUGGGCAAUGAGAGACCUGAUUACAGAUGGAUUAUUAUUGGACCAGCUGGGUCUGGAUCAUCAUUCCAUGUUGAUCCAAAUUCUACUUCUGCUUGGAAUGCAGUGAUCAAGGGGUCCAAGAAAUGGGUAUUAUUUCCUCCUGAUGUAAUUCCACCUGGGGUUCAUCCUAGUCCUGAUGGUGCAGAGGUGGCAUCUCCUGUUUCAAUAAUUGAAUGGUUCAUGAACUUUUAUGGUGCAACGAAAAUUUGGAAAAAGAAACCAAUUGAGUGCAUAUGUAAAGCUGGGGAGGUUAUAUUUGUGCCUAAUGGAUGGUGGCAUUUGGUGAUCAACCUGGAGGAAUCUAUAGCCAUAACCCAAAACUAUGUUAGUAGGAGAAAUUUGUUAGAUGUCUUAAAUUUUCUUCAAAGGCCAAAUGCUAGCACACUGGUAUCAGGAACAAGGGAUCGAGUGAAUCUGUAUGAUAAGUUUAAGAAUGCUAUUGAGGCUUCUUUUCCAGGAACAAUUGAUGAACUGACCCAAAAAGAAGAAGAGAAAAAGAUCCAGCAAAGGAAACUUUCCUUCUGGGAUUCUGCCACAGAUGCCAAGGUGGGAGCUUUCAAGUUCUCUUUCUAGAGAAAUUCAUACACAGGGACAACUGAUAUUGCUGGUCCACAUUUCAGAUAAAUGAUUAAAAUCAAUUUUGACAUUUUUUUAUCAGUUUUUCAUUGAUUGUACGCUUCCAAAUUUUUUUAGGGAUAUCAUUAUUAUGACAAUCUUCCAUUCUUAGGCUACCAAUUGUUGUUUUAUAAAAACAGUAAAACCAUGGAUUUCCAC